AUGCCAUCCUCUGGCACCGUCUUCUCCUACACGGUCGACUGGGCUAUCCUCAUCGGUCUCGCCGUGGCGGGAUUCAUCGCAGGCAAAUUCCCACCCAACAAGCGGCCCUUCAGCCUCCACAAUCCAGACAUCAGUCUCCCUUACAAAGGUCACGACACGGUGUCUCUAGGCGCGGCCGCUGCCGUCUCCGUCGUCGUUCCCGCCGUUCUCAUGCUCUGUUUCGCCCUGGCUUCGCUGGUGGCUUUGAAAGCUUCCGACAAGAAAAGCCCCCGGAGGCACCCCCGGCGACAUGAGAUGUGGAAGUUCCAUGCCGGCCUUCUUGGUCUUUUGCUUUCGGCCGUUUUGGCAUUCGUCCUCACCAACGGGACCAAGAACCUGCUGGGCAAGCCGCGGCCCAAUCUCCUCGGCAGAUGCCAGCCUGAUGUUGCCAACGUAGCCAACUUUGUCGUAAGCAAUGCGACCGACGCAGGUAGUCAGCUUGUUACAGCAGCCAUCUGCACGAACACGGAUAAAUCCGUCGUCGACGAGGGGUUUCGCAGCUUUCCGUCCGGGCAUUCCUCCGCAGUGGCCUCCGGGCUGGUCUACCUUUCGUUAUGGCUGGCCGCGAGGCUAGGCGUAGGAUCGCCUUUCCUCAUGGGCGGGACGGCGGGUGAGGUCGACAAGUCCGAGCGUGGGACACAAACAUACGACCUGGACCAGCCCUAUGGCGACAGUGUACACGGAGGAACAGAUGACGUGGAGAAUGGCUUGGCGAAUUCCAAAGGGGGACAAGAUGCAGCUGCGCCCUUGUAUCUGCUGGCGAUUUCUCUGAUGCCACUCGGCGCGGCGAUUUACAUCUGUGCGACGCGUUGGUACGACUUUCAGCAUCAUGGGCUGGACAUCAUGUCCGGGUUCAUCAUUGGGGCGGUUUCGUCGAUUCUUGGCUUCAGAUAUUACUACCAGCCAGUUCGUGUUGGGACGGGUUUUUCUUGGGAACCGCGGGCGGCUCGCAGCAGAAAGUCGAUGCCCUCGUGUUGUAGUGGAGGGGACAUAGACCCUUUCUGUUUGUCCGGCGUGGAUUGUAUUUGCUAG